CGUCGCUUCGCCCGUUCGGUAUCAGUACAGUUUACGUACGCUUUGAAGUCGUUUUGUCGUUCGCUUUAAACACAACCCUACUACCCAACAAUGUCUGGCCGUGGCAAAGGAGGCAAAGUCAAGGGAAAGGCAAAGUCCCGUUCCAACCGCGCUGGACUGCAGUUCCCGGUCGGUCGUAUUCACCGUCUGCUCAGGAAGGGCAACUAUGCCGAGCGUGUGGGUGCUGGUGCACCAGUCUAUUUGGCCGCCGUGAUGGAAUACCUGGCUGCUGAAGUACUCGAGUUGGCAGGAAACGCCGCUCGUGACAACAAAAAGACCAGAAUCAUUCCCCGCCAUCUGCAGCUGGCCAUCCGCAACGACGAAGAGUUGAACAAACUGCUGUCCGGUGUCACCAUCGCCCAGGGUGGUGUGCUGCCAAACAUCCAGGCUGUUCUGCUGCCCAAGAAGACCGAAAAGAAGGCAUAAGUGGCUUCUCCAGUCGUUGACCACCCGCAUCACACCCAAAAACCGUCCUUUUCAGGGCGACAA